CAAAGUUUCGCGGCGAACACUAAGCUCAAGGCCCCCAGCCAGUAGUACAGUAUAUGGGACAACAGCAGGGCUGAAAUCUUCGUAUAAUGUUAUUUUUGGAGUAAAACGUAUUGCUUGUGGCAAAGUGUGAGUGUACGAAACGGUUAUAGGAGUUUUUUUAAAAAUGGACUGAUGGGGUGUGGAUGAAGCCUGUACAAGUAAGAGAAGAGCCCUGCAAGACAGAACAUGCCCAGCAGCCUUGCAGUGGUAUAAAAUGACAGAGCUUGGGGAUAACAAGCAACCAUUGAAUGAUCAUUAAUUUAAUAUGGAAGAAUCUCACACUCAAAUUAAUGGCUUGCAGAAAUCUACUGUGUUGCCAGAAGAAACAAGUGACACCAGCCUUCCAAAUAUGGAUUGUGAUUCCCAACCCAAAGAUGACGACACAGAAGAUUACUGCCUGCUGAAGAGCAAGAAUAGGUCCAUUACAAAGAAUGAGAAUAUCAGAGAAGGAUCAACACCCUUACCAGAAAAUCAGUUAAAUGGGAAUAUGGAUGAGAGCUGGCUUAACCUGACCUCUGAUUUAAGCCUCCUGGCUUGUGACAGAGUUUCUCUAGAUAUGCAUCCUAUGGGUGUUGAACUGCUGCAGGAGUUCUGGAAGAAACGAAGAGAUGAAUUGCUGAAUGCAACAUUUCUUAGUAUCAGUACAAACCAGAAUGAUAUAAAAAAUGCAGUUGCACUUCUUCCCCAAAUGACUAAACUCCGAUCCAUUGUGCUUAAAGGAGGACGCCAGAAGGAUGAGUUUGGUGUUUGCCAACCAGGACUUUUAACAUCUUUGCCAUAUGAUUUUGGGCAUUUGCAACAGCUGACCUUUCUGGAUUUAAGCUUUAAUGCUAUGAAGACUGUACCAGAAUGUUUGACAGCAUUGCCCGGGCUUUCCACUCUUUUGUUGGGGCACAACGAGAUACAGGAACUGCCUACAAAACUUGAUGGUCUAUUUAAUCUUAAAUUCCUUUCCCUAAUCAAGAACAGACUCCACUUUCUGCCUAUUAAUAUGAGCCAGCUCUUAGCAUUACACACUCUUGAUGUCUCCUUCAAUGUGCUAAAGGAAAUUCCUGAUGACAUUGGGAAUAUGAAGGAACUUGUCGAACUUGACCUUUCUGGAAACCAGCUGAAAACUGUUCCUGAAUCAUUGGGUAAACUGACUUCUCUCCAUCGACUUCACUUGCAUAGCAACCAUCUAGUCAAAGUGCCUGCUUGCCUUGCUGGAUUGCCCAAUUUGACUCAUCUGGAUUUACAGAACAACAAUCUACAUUCUGUUCCAUGUGAAAUUGAAACUUUUCCUUAUUCAUAUUUGAAGGGGAACCCAAUUGGACAGACAGAGUCCACUUGUCAUGAAUCACAAGCAGAUCGUUGUUCUCCCAAAGAGCCACCACGAAUGCAAAUAACUGUUAAGAAAAAGAGUUUCCUUGUUACGGAGGAUGGUGGUAAGGUUCGUCUCCCUGAAGGAAUUGAAUUAGACUUUCCAAUCGGUGUUGCUACGAAGCUGACAGUGCAUUGGAGAGUUUUUUAUCCCAGUAGAAACUGGGUGAAGCUGGCACACCAUGAUCUCCUUCUAAGUGAAAUUUUAGAGCUGCAGCCUCAUGGGACACUAUUCAAUGAUAUGGUAUCCAUCAGCAUGCCCUUUUUGCACCCUUACAGCAAGUCCCGCAGAGAUGUAGUAAUUCGCACAUUUGAUGGGUCAUCGUGGUCUGAUUUGGAGACGUGCAUACUGCCUGAGAAGACCCGGAUUUGCACCAGGAAAAGAAAUUCUAAAUUUUACUUGGCUCGCUGCUGUGUGUCACACUUUUCAUGGUUCAUGGUUGUAUCCAGACUUGUGGAGGACCACUGCACCGUACCCCGGGAAGGAACACUUCUGUUCUCAUCUGCAGAUCCCAGGGUCAAGGUGACCUUUCCAUAUGGGGCAACCAAUGUUAUACGCAAAGUGAACAUGCAGGUUCUGACUGUAUCUCAGCAAGAAAUUCAGAAUCUUUGUGGCGAUGCAGAGGCAUUGGUCAGCCCCUUACUCUGCCUAACCCAAAACUCUGCUGACAAUUUCCUGCAGCCUGUUAGGAUUCAGCUGCCCCUGCCUUCAAGCCUUAAAGGUUUUUCUUUGGAUCACUCACGGAUUCACCUAUUGCAUGGAGAUCCUACAGCAGAAACUUGGACUGAUAUAACUCAACAGGUGCAGCUGCAGUUUACACACCUCUUUGUUAUCUUUGAGGUCACCCACUUUUCUUGGUACUGGCUUUGGUACACAACAAAACAGUAUAUUGGAGGAGUGGUACGUAAUGUGUACAAGCGCCUUCGCCUCUAUCAGGUCCGGUUUUUGGCUCUUCAAAGGAAGAAAGAUCCAGAGCAAAUUCUGUUGCAGUGUUUGCCCAACCAAAAAAUAGACAGUGCUGUCCAAAAACUAAAUAGUAGAUAUGAUGGCCCUGAACCCUCUGAAAUUAUCAGCAUGCUGGAAGGCGAACAAUUUUUUGCUGGGUUUGAGAAGGGCAUUGAGGUGGACUCUGAUCGACCAGAUUGUGUUGAUAGUCGGAUUUGCUUUGUGUUUUAUUCCCAACUGAAGAAUAUGAAGGAGGUGUUUGUGAAAGCAACAUUGGAUCGAAUGCAGCAACCUGUUAAAGGACAGGUCUCCUUUUAUCGGGGAGCACUGCCUGACAGUUUUCCAGAGGAAGCACUGAAGAAGCGCAAGGGUCCAGAUAGUCAAUGGCUGGCAACCUUACCGAUUUGCCUUCCAAAACUGAAGUCAAGUCAGAAGAGUCUUUUGAGCCCCUCUAACAAAGAUCCUUUAUAUCCAUCUCUCAACCUUGGCAAUGCAGAGAAUGGCUAUCUUACUGAGGCUAAUCUGCUGGGCAUUGCACUGCGGAUUGGUACUGACUGGAGAAAUAUUGGUAUCAACCUGGGUCUGUCCUACCAACACCUCGAUCGUAUUCAAUAUAAAAACAGAGAUGACUUGAGAAAUCAGGCUCUGGAGAUGCUUUUUACCUGGGCACAGAAUAACGUCAACUCCCCUGACUGUAUCAACAAGUUGAUUGAGGCAAUGAAAGACAGUGGACGAAAGGAUAUUGCUGAUGAAAUUGAAGACAUUAUUACGCUGGGCAAGCAGAAAUAUUUUCAGUCAAUCAAUAGGUUAGGCUUGGAGCCUGCAGGCAGUAGCCAAGAAGAUGAUAUCGAAAUGUACCUUUCUUAGCAUCAAAGUGACUUGCAGUACAAUGCAUUCUUCAACUAUCAGUUUGAAAAUUUAAAAAGAGUUUACAAGGCACUUGACCCUUCUUUGCCUAGAAGUACAGCCAUAAUAUUGUAAACAGGGGUGGGAAAAAGUAGGUUUACCGUUGUUUGUAUGCAAAAAGAAAUGCAGGUUAUGAUUAUUACAUAAUCUUUAUUACCUCAAUAGAUUUAUUAACUUAUUAACUCAAAAGAAUGUCAGAAUGACACAGUGCACUUAGGUACAAUCUCACAAGUGCUUAAAUUGCUGGCCUUCAUUAUUUACACACUCUUGUAGUCUACUUGCUACAGUUAAGUACACUAUCAGACUAUAAUACAAAUAAAUAAAGCAAUUAUAAAUAUCAGAAUAAACAUUGUUUUGCAUACUCACAACUGUAAUGUACUUUUACCCUGCCCUGUGUAUUGUAUAUGCCAAAUGAAUUUAUAUCUGUGUCUGAAAUCAAUGUAACUGAACUGUCUUUUUAAAAGAUAAAAGGUGAUUGUAGGAAAUAGCUUGAGCAGCACCAAAAGAACUCUAUAAAGGACUAGGGAUGUUUUGCACACUUCUUAUUUGACCACCUUAAACAUUAGCUCCUUAGAUUUAAUGUAAUAAUCCUAGUCUCUGUAAAUCUGCAUAUAUAAAGACAACUUUAAAAAAAAAAAAAAAAUUACAGAAAGGAUUUGAGUCACUACCCUAGUCAGAAAAAAUGUUAUGAAAAACAUUUAAGUCACCAAGUAUCAACAAAGCUUUGGACUACACUGCAGUGCUAAACAUGAAGAUAUUAAAAAAGUGCAAUUUUUUUGGCAAGUGGUAAGAAUCAUAUCCAGCAGACACUUACUAUAAUUCCAUUAAGUAGAAGUGAGUGUAAGAUUUAUAUAAAUCCUUCAAGAUCGAAGGUAUGGCAAUGGAUUAACCAGCCAACAAUAAUUUACAUUAAAUUACAAUUUUAAAAAGAUAUAUUUUAUUUAUUAUACUUUUCAUGGAGUUAAGUUUUUGAAUGAACUAUUUUAAUUGUGAGAUUUAUUUAUUAUUUCUAAUCAUAUUUGGAUUCUGAAGUGUUUUUUUAUUUCUUCAUUAUGUUACUGGAAACUUUUAAAAGGCAACAGAUGUUUUUGUUUUUUAAUUUACAAAAAAAAAACAAAAAAUAACUAUGGGUUGUAUUGGAAAAUAAAGGAUGAUCAAAUUCAGUUUUCAAGUUUAUACGAUAUUUUAUAGCUGAGUUACCUGUUACUUGGAAUAUGUGAUAUCUAGGAUAUCUGUUUGACAUAUUGUCACAUUGCAAGUUUUAUUACCAGUUUAUGCUCCAUGUUGUAUUUUUGUAAAAAGGUGAUUGUGUAGUUCUGACAUGAUAUCAAAUGUAUUUAGAGAGGCUAUACUUUUAAGGACAGGUAUACUACAAAAAUUCACUGAUGAUGUGAGUUCAGAAAUCUGGAAGUGGAAAAAUAACCACUGGAAUGCAAGUAAAGGGAUUUCUUUGUUUGGAUGGAAGGGUCAGCAGAAGUAGACACAAUGAACAUAGAAUUAAAAGAAGGAGUUGACACUGUGAGGAUGUUGUCACUCAUUUUCACGCUAUGACUAUCCUUAAAGGCAUAGCUUCCCUAAUUGCAUUUCAAAUAAGAACAAAACUACACAAUCACAGAUUUACAUAAAUGCAGUAUGUAGCACAAACUGAUAAUAUAAACUACACAUAUGGCACUGCUACAAAAUGGUCAAAAUGUUGGUAAGUGAUUUUUUAAUUUUUUUUUUAUAUAUAACUUUUGGCAACACUGAAGCAUGCUGCAUAGUGUUGACCAUGAGAAAAUAAGUAAUGUGUGUACUGUGCACGAGAGUGCCAGACACCCCAUCCAGGGCUGGACCCUGUGUUGCACCUGGCUCCUUUUGAGAAUGCUAUAUUAUGACUAUGUCAGAGCUUUAUUGGUGUACAUCACAAAGGAAAGAUUUAUUUAAUGACAGAUGAUUACAUUAGAAGGACAUACUAGUGGGACUCAGGUCAGGUCAGGUUGGGAGGCAUGCACUGGUACAGCACGAUGCCGCACCCACCACACGACGAAACACCUUGGGGUCCUGGUCUAGCCACUCAGAUCCUGUGAGGUGGACCACCCGACACAUGGCUGUAGUGCCGCAACUGGCACUCCCUCACAAUGCAGGUAAUAUGCCUCAUUUGGGACUCCGUUAGCAACCACUCGUUUGGCACAAAAUCAAACCAGCGGUAUGCAAGUAUUUUCCGAAGUGGCACAGUAGCAAAGGAGUUCAGUCUACGUUUCAGGUCAUUGGAUAGCGUCCAUGAUUGACAACUAUAUAGUAAAACAGGAAGCGCCAACACUCUAAAGACUUGGACCUUCAUCCUUUUGCAAAGACCCCUUUCCAGCGACCUCAUGCAACCCCACCCCCCCAUAAAAGUGCUCUCCUAAUCUGUCUACUGACUUCAUAGGAAGUGUCUCCAGAGACACGAGUGUCAAUGACUAGAUAAGUAAACCUCUUGACGAGGUCAACGUUCUUUCCGCAGACAGACACACUGCUGAUGGGUGUGGCCAAGAGCUCGUUAAAGGCCUGGGUCUUGGUUUUCAUUCAGGACAUUCACAAGCCCAGACACUCACACACAUCGCUCAGUCUCUCGAGAGCCUCCAUUGACUCCAUGAAGAUCACAACAUUGUCAGCAAAGUCAAGAUCACUGAUUCUUUCUUCACUAACAGAUGCCCCACAGCCAGUGGACCUCACGACCCAGCCCAACACCCAGACCAUACAAGCAUUGAGUAGGAGCAUAAACAUACCUGAGAAGUGUACCAUUAGUAGGACUGUUCAUAAAAAAAUGUUUCCAAAAGUCUGUGUGUUUUUUUAAACAGAAGACUAAAAAGAGUGGUGAAAAUAAUCGUAUUGUUUGCUAAAAUUAUUUAUGCCGUCAAGGGAAUAUCUACAGGAUUUUGUUUUCUUAAUCCAUAACAAAUGUGAAAUGUUUUGGUUAUAUGUUGUAACACACAUUGUUUCAAACUAAGCCAUUUUUUUGGAGCCACUUAAAUAUGAUGGUGUCUCAAAUGUUUUUGAGAGAUUAUCUACCAUAUGUAAUCUUGACAUUGAAAUGGUAAUUUGAAAUAUUUUCUCCUCAAAAAACUGUGAAAUCAAAGUAUAGAAGGAAAAAUACAUCAUCUGACAGCCUACAAAUGUACACUGUGUACUGCACCAGGGAUAUCUGUUUAUACCAAUUUAUUGGAUAGCAGCCAAAGAAUCAGAAUGGCCCUGAUGUUUUUGACAUGUAAUGCUUCACUCUUACAUUAUUUGGAGUUUAUUGUGAAAAAUAACUAGCCUGAUGCAUUUUCUCUUGCAAUGAUAAAGUAUCUAUCUAUAUGUCUACCUUCCAGCAUAAGUGUUAAUAUUAGCAUUCCCAUACUGUACAAAUGAAAAACUGAUGAGAAGACAACUUCCCAAAAGCUAAUAUGGGCAAUGACUGAGCGCUUACAGGUAGUAGCUGCAUAAAAUGUAGGUCAUGAAUGUAUAGAGAAAUUUAAAUUGUUGAAUUGUCUUAUUACAGAAGGUCAAAAGAUGAUCCCUAAAGAUUAUAUUUUAAAAGAGGGUUAUGGUGAUGAUCUACCAGACAGAGCAGAUAAACUGCCUUAUUCAGUUUGGAUGGAAUAAAUGUUGUAUAAUGAUAUUUAUUGCAGCAUUUGUAACUUUAUCUGUAUUAAGUCUCAUUUCAAAAUGAACAAAAUGAACAAAACUAGAAAUGGUGUUAGCUGUCAGGUCUUGCAUAUUACAAGAUAGCCUCCCUAACUGCCUUUCAACUGAUUAUAAAAAUAACGGUUGUCAGCAUAACUAUCAUGAAAAAGCGGCUAGUACUUGAAAAUGAUUACAAAAAUAGUAAAUGAUAAUAGUGAUAAAAUUGAAUGCCUUAUGUGCAUUUUAUUUAUUUCUGUUAAAUAACCAUCUUAAAUAAAGACAGCUUUACCAUUUUUUUCUGAGA